GGCGGGCAGAGGCCCGUCACGUGGCGGGGAGCGCCGCCCCCCCUUUCACCGCCCCCCGCUGGCGAUGGCGGCGGCCAUGGCGGCCAAGCGGCGCACCGACGAGAUGCGGGACCGCGUGGUGCUGGGCGAGUUCGGCGUCCGCAACGUCCACACCACAGACUUCCCCGGCAACUACCCCGGCUACGAGGACGCUUGGGACCAGCGGCGCUUCGAGGAGGAGUUCCGCGUGGACGUGAUCCGCGAGGAGGAGGGCGCGCUGGAGUUCGACAUGGUGGGCAUCGACGCCGCCAUCGCCAACGCCUUCCGCCGCAUCCUGCUGGCCGAGGUGCCAACAAUGGCUGUGGAGAAGGUCUUUGUGUACAACAACACAUCCAUUGUGCAGGAUGAAAUUCUUGCUCAUCGCUUGGGCCUCAUCCCGAUCCGAGCUGACCCUCGACUCUUCGAGUAUAGAAACCAAGGAGAUGAAGAAGGCACAGAAAUUGAUACUCUGCAGUUCCAGCUGAAAAUAAAAUGCAGCCGAAACCCUCAGGCAGCCAAGGAAUCAUCUGAUCCUAAUGAACUAUAUUUCAAUCACAAAGUGUACAGUAAACAUAUGACGUGGGUGCCCUUGGGGAAUCAGACAGACCUCUUUCCAGAGGCUGACUUCCGACCUGUUCAUGAUGACAUCCUCAUUGCACUGUUGCGGCCUGGCCAGGAAAUAGAUGUGCUUAUGCACUGUGUCAAGGGUAUAGGUAAAGAUCAUGCCAAGUUUUCUCCUGUGGCCACGGCUAGUUAUCGACUGCUUCCUGACAUUACUCUCCUGCAGCCUGUUGAGGAUGAGGCAGCUGAGCUGUUGCAGAAGUGCUUUUCCCCUGGAGUCAUUGAAAUCCAGAACAUCAAGGGAAAAAAGGUGGCAAGAGUAGCUAAUGCACGGUUGGACACGUUCAGCAGAGAAGUUUUCCGUCAUGAGGGUCUGAAAAACCUUGUGCGCCUGGCAAGAGUGCGGAACCAUUACAUCUUUUCAGUGGAGUCGACGGGUAUCUUGCCUCCAGAUGUGCUGGUGAGCGAAGCCAUCAAGAUCCUGAUGGGAAAGUGUCAGCGCUUCCUGAAUGAGCUGGACUCUGUGCCUAUGGAGUGAUCAGGCUGUAGCUGGGAAGCGUCUCCCUGCACUGCUGUUCUGGGCCUCCUGUGUCUGCCUGCAGGGGUGGUUCCUCUUCCAUUGGCAAGAGGUUUGAGAUGGACUUGUUGAGUCCUAGGCCCAUCUCUUUGAAUUUGUUUUCUGUUGGUAACGAGCCUCAGUGAGGAGAUGCACUAAAAUAAAGGCUUUUCUUUACA